AAGACUAAAUGCCUACAAAUGAGCAUCAUUUUUAAAUCUCUUAUCUCCCUGGAUGAACCAACCGGACGGUGUCUGAGAUUGCAGGUAUAAACCCAGCCUCACGUGCGCGUCCAGGGCACCUGAUUGCACAACCCAGCUUUUGGAAUGAAGAGCGCAGUGAUUCACCCACAGCUCGCCGGCAGCCCCAUAAAAAACACACACACACACACACACACCUGUGCGGACUUCUGCAGACGGAGUGACACAAGUUCUGCUCCCAUGUCUUUGUGGAGACUUUAGGAGAUUGAAAUGGAGAAUCUGAGUGGUACCAUUGACCCCAGCUGCCUGCAGCAGCCUCCGCUGGCGAUAGACAUCAUUAUAGAGUUGGACGCCCUUGGGAUUAUCCUAUACGCUGGGCUGACCUUGAUGGCAGUGCUGUCCAUGCUCAUUUACAUCGAAGGAACCAUCUACAUCUUCCGCAAGGUGCCCUACCCCAAAAAGCAGGCCAUCAUAUGGGUGAACGGGGCAGCGCCGAUUAUUGCCACCAUGUCCUGUCUGGGGAUGUGGAUCCCAAGAGCCACCAUGUUCACAGACAUGACAUCAGGCUGUUAUUUUGCCGUUGUGGUCUAUGAGAUCCUCGUGCUGUUGUUAGCGGAGUGUGGGGGAGAUGAGGAAUUUCUUCAGCGCUGUGGCAAUAACCGUCUCCGGAUCAGCACCGGGCCCUGCUGCUGCUGCUGCCGAUGCUUGCCCCAUGUGCUCCUCACACGUCGCGUUCUGUUCCUGUUGAAGCUUGGAUCUUUCCAGUACGCACUGAUGAAAACCGUUUGCACCGUCUUGGCCAUCGUGCUGUGGACCAAUGGGAACUUCGACCUCUCAGAUCUUGAGGUCACUGGCGCCCUCAUCUGGAUUAACUGCUCCUUGGGGGUUAUGACCAUCGUUGCUCUCUGGCCCGGUGCCAUACUCUUCAUGCACCUGCGCCAGACUCUCAGCAGCCAGAAGAUCAUCCCUAAAUAUGCCAUGUACCAGGUGGUGCUGGUCCUCAGCCAGCUGCAGACAGCCAUAUUCAGCAUCUUGUCACUGAACGGCACCAUUGCCUGUACCCCACCCUACUCCUCGCAGGCACGAGGAUCCAUGAUGAGUCAGCAGUUGCUCAUCCCAGAGAUGUUCAUCAUCACUCUGGUGACACGGCUGUUAUACAGACGCACGUAUGAGCCGCUUUCUGCUGCCCCUCUACACCAGGACAGCAGGGACAGGAAACUCCUGCCGUCUGAGUGCGACGAGGCUUAAACAUGCAUGUGUCUGUGUGUGUGCGCGUGUGUGUGUGUGUUAUGUUUAUAUUACAUUGUGGGGAACAAAUAUUCCCCACAAUGUAAUAAACACCUUUUAUUUUGGCAUUUUUCUGUGACGGCAAUCAAAAAAGUAAAAAUCUUGUAUUUUGGUUGGUUACUUAUGGUUAAGGUUAGGGCUGGUUAGUGGUUAAGGGUGUCCUGAUUGAGAGGUUUUCCCCAUAGAAAUGAAUGGAGAGUCCCCCCAAAAAUAUAAUUACAAGCCUGUGUGUGUGUGUGUGUGUGUGUGUUUCUACAUAUCUAUAUUUAUAUCUGUAUAUAUUGGCACCAAAGGUGACUAUUGCAGGUCCAGAAUGUAAAAAUCCAGGCCAAGAUUUUAUUUCAACCAGCCAGUUAAGCAUAAAGACUCACAGUCACAGAGUACUCAACUGAUUGGUUAAAACCAAAUCUUGAUUUUUACUUUCUGGACCUGAACUCUCCACCUCUGGUUGGGCAAUAACACCUCAUUGCUGCUUUUCCAUACUAAGGUAACUGAUCAGAGGUAUAUUAUACAGCAUUUCCUGUAAGUAAGAGCCAGGCAACAUUACACCAUGACAGAUGUUACCUGCCUGGAGGUGCAGGCCCUCCCAGUCAAGAGGUCAGAGUUCAGCUCCAUAUACUGAGAUGACCCAGCACCACCCUGCUGUUAUAUUACAUACAGGAUCUCUGACCCAAUAAACUCCCUGGUUCUAUAACCCCAUAAAAUCUGAAUAAUCAGAAUAUUUUGAGCACCAGCCCUGUAUAGCUGAAGACGGCUGACCUUUGAGCAUGGAGACACAGUGAUCCUGUGUUAUAAAGAUGACAUAAAACCCACCUUGGGCUUGUAGGUUCAGCCAGGAGUCGGUUUGUCACGUGACUGGCGUGACACAUGGUUUCAGGUCCGCGGUUUCUCCCUAUUCCCCCAAAGCACAGGGCAGAUGUUGCUGUCCUCCUAAUCCAGUGAUUCUAACUGUGACUGUGCCCUGUGUUCUACCUGCACAUUUGUAUUGAUAGCAAGUAAAAUCUGAUCAUCUGUACUCGUAGGUCACCCUCCAUUGACACACAGUACACACAUUACAUAACUCACCCUAUCAGCCCCGGAGACAUGAAAGAACCAAGUAACUAGCAGGAAUGACCCAAGCUGACUCUCUCUCCAGCUACCCUGGUUAUCUGCAGGAUACACCCUGCUGAAGAACCAUCAUCGUAGACCAAGCCUAAAAUCUGCUGCAGUAAUUCAGUUUCCAUUCAUGCAGAAGAUGGACCUGCGGUUGUGUUUGCAAAUGUACUGUUAUGCAUUCUAACAUUUGCCCACAAAGUCUCUGUUUAGUUAAGCCUUUCGUAUCGUCGCUGUCUGGCAGAAACCACAAAUGUCCACUUUUUGACGAUUGUGACUUUUUACAACGGAUUAUGCCCAAUCUCAAAUAUAUGUUUGAUAUCUAAUUGGCUCUAAUGAGGUCAUCAGUCUCAUCUGAAGAGUUUUGUGUGAUGGUAAUAGUACAGUACAAUAGGGCACUAUUUCCAAACGUUUCAGGUUUUUGAAGUGUUUUUAUAUUCUAUCAAGCUGCAACAACCAAUAAUGUAUUAACUGCCAAUAACCUAAUACUUUUUAAAUACAUUAAUGCUACUUAUUACAUUAUGCACAAAAAGUUAUUACAUUUUUGAUUCAGAAACUGUAUCACGUUAUUGGUAAGUUAUUUCAUUAGAAUGGAGAAAAAAAUGCUAUUGGCAGCUAUUACAUUAUUAGUCGCUACACAACAAGCACAAAGGAGAAUGGCGUUGUUUAACCUAAAUGACAGAAUGAUGAAAGAAUGGUAAUAGAAAUUCCUUCCAAAGUACACCUAAGGGGGAAAAAAUCACUCGGAAAACAAAGACGUUUCAAAUACUCCAGGCUGCUUCUAUGCUGCCCUCUAGUGGUCGGAUUGUGUUUGUUUUUUUUUUUCUUAUUAGUCUGCGUUGGAAAAUGUCCAGCAUCUGUUUCGAUCGUUUCUUUAGCUAAAGACUUGGAAAUGAUGAGAAAUAUAUAGGAUUCUCAGAUACAGCCAUCUGAAAGCAACAGUCUCACUAAAAUGGCUGUGCUGUGUGAAGGUAUUUAUGUUUGACUUUGUGAAUGUA